UUCAUCCCCGUCGAUCUCCCCCUCCAUUCUGCGUCGCUCUCCCCCGCCGUUCUCCGUCGCUCUCCCCCGCCGUUCUCCGUCGCUCUCCCCCGCCGUUCUCCGUCGAUCUCGCCGUCCCUUCAUUCCCAUCUCUCUCCCUCUCUCUCUCUCGAAAAUCUCAGCCGAAAGAUGUCUUAUGCGGAUUUUCUCGCCGGUUCUUUUCCAUCUUCCUCAUCUGCUGGUCUGGGUUCCCCGGCUGCACAAGGAACAAGUGUCCCUCAGCCACAGCCAGCAUCAAUCAUCGAGGAUAGGUUACUGAACGAGUUGUUGGUGGCACCAGGACGAGAGUUGCUUCCUAAGCUGAGCCCAAAUGGAGAACCAAAUACUAGCUGGUUUAGGCGAAGAAAUCGCAAUGCAAUUUGCAAGUCGAUUUUGAAAUGCUUUCACAGUCUCCUUGAGUUGCCUUAUCCGACGUAUGCACAUGUUCCAUUAGAAAUUCAGAAGAUGUGGCUCCGUUCAUUUGCGCAAGAUUGGAACUGGGACCCUGCUUUCACCAAUGAUGUGCGGACAGCCUUUAAUUUGCAGGCUAGAAAGCAGUACACGAGCAACGUGACUGAGUGGAAGAAAAAGUGGAGGCUGAAGAAGGAUAAACCCAUAUGUCUGAAUCAAGAUGUGUGGGACGGGUUUAAAGCCUAUUGGCAGCUCGAUGCUACUGCACAUAUUGCAGCUACCAAUUCUGUUAAUAGAAGAAGCAAGCGUGGUGGAAAAGGUGAAGCAGUACACAAUGGUGGUGCUAAGACACGAGAGGAACGUGAGAUAGAAAUGACUGCUGAAAGGGGUGGUGUGCCACCAGAUUGGUUAGAAUUGAUGAGGGAUAUGCACACCAAUAAACAAACCGGUGAGGUGCAAGAUCCUGUUGCGAGAGAGCUGUUGGCAACUCUGAGUAAGCUGAAGGAGGACAAAGAAGCACAACUUCAGCAGUCUCAUCAGUUGUCUGCGAAUGAUGGAUCUACAGCUUCUAACAUGCUGUCCCGCGAAGAGAUCAACCAACUGGUUCUCGAGAAUGUUCCUAUUAAGAAGGGUCGUCGGUAUGGUAUCGGUCGUACCUCUGAAGCUAUCUCAACCUCAUCAUCUCAGCUCUCUGUUUCUUCCUCGAGUAUUGUUCAGUACAUGGAGCGGAUGAAGACGGAGCUUGAUGAAGAGCGGUCAAAACGUCAAGCUAUUGAGGAACAGCUUCGUAGCGUGACCGCUUUCAUUUCCAACCUUUACCCGAGCAGUUCUCUGCAACUCAAACCCAGCCGGACUCUGCAACCCAAAGCCCCGACGAUCGAUGUUUCUAGUAAGGAACUUUGGUUUUUUUUUUACGUGCUGGAACUUUGCCAACGGUUUUUGGUAUGUGUUUUGGUGUGAUUAAUCACUUUGGUAUGUUUGUACAAUCUAUGACUAGUAAAUUAAUUACUUUAUCGAUGUAUGUUUGUUUUUAACUUUGCAAAUCUUUUAUAAAAAUUUGACUUUUAAAAUUCAAAAUCGAACUACCAUUUCAGUAUUUUAUAAUCCCAACCGAAAUAAACGUUUCUGACCGAUGCACCUGUCAGAAAUAUCCGACCGAAGUACCCGUCAAAACUUUCUGACCGAAAUAUCCGUCAAAUAUUUCUGACCGUAUCUUCCGUCAAAACUUUCUGACCGUAUCUUCCGUCAAAACUUUCUGACCGCUGUUACCGUCAAAAGUUUCUGACCGCAAUUAUGGUCAGACGUUUCUGACCGACAUUUCUGACGGAAAUUCGUCGGUUUUCGGUCAGAUAUUUCUGACCGUUUCUGACCGCUUAAAAAUUUCUGACCAUAUAGAUCUGUCAGAACAGGCCAUUUCCGAUCGUUUUCCAACGGAUAUGACGGUCAGAAAUUACUGAUUUUCUUGUAGUGUACGAACAAAGAAAAAAAACUUCUUCCACGAGUUGAAGUUCGAAAUGAACUUCUUAACCACUGACAUAAAGUUCCGAGGGACCAGCCUAUGCUUGUCCGUAUCUUUGACGAGUUGAAGCCUCAAAAGCGCUUCAAAAU